UGUGGUAAAAUGUCGCCUCUUACCGGAGACCAGCUGAGCUUGCGCCGUCCAUGCUGCUGCCGUCGACUUCCCAUAGAGACUGGCGUCAAGACACCCGUGGACACACCCCUCCGACUAUCAGUCAGGCGUCAGGUACCCGGCAUCAUGAGCGAGCUGAAGGACUGCCCCCCUCUCAAGUACUAUGACUUCAAGCCGGUGGAGCACGUCAAGGUGUGUCCCCGUUACACUGCUGUGUUGGGACGCUCAGAGGACGAUGGGAUUGGCAUCGAGGAACUGGACACUUUGCAGCUGGAGCUGGAGACGCUCUUGUCCUCAGCCAACCGCCGCCUACGAGCUCUGGAGGAGCAGAGACAGAUCCUCACCGACUGGCAGGACAAGAAGGGAGACAAGCGCUUUCUGAAGCAGGGGAAAGACCCGGACCCUGCUGCGCCGUCUCGCCACAAACCAAAGAAGCAGAAAAUAGAGGGCAAGAGUAGUCAUGUACCAGGACCUGGUCCCGGCAGACCAAAAUCCAAAAACCUACAACCAAAAGUCCAAGAAUAUGAAUUUACAGAAGAAGCUCAGGACAUUCCCCGCACUCCUAAAAAUGACGCCCCGAACAGAUUUUGGGCAUCUGUUGAGCCAUAUUGUGCUGACAUCACAAACGAAGAGAUUCGUCUGCUAGAGGAGCUUCUAAAACCGCCAGACGAUGAAGCGGAGUACUUUAAAAUUCCAGCAUUAGGCAAACACUACUCACAGCGGUGGGCUCAGGAGGAUUUGCUAGAGGAGCAGAGAGAAGGAGCUCGAGCCAAUGACAAGAAGAAGAGUCUUUUGGGAGGUCCGCUGUCUGAACUUGAUGCAAAAGAUGUGGACUCGUUGCUGAAAAAGUCUGAGUCCCAACAUGAGUCUCCAGAAGACGGCUGUCCCUUUGGUCCACUCACUCAACGUCUGCUGCAGGCUCUAGUGGAGGAGAACAUUAUAUCCCCCAUGGAGGAUUCUCCUAUACCAGACAAUUCCGGAAAGGAUGCAAACGAUGGAGCUGGGACCUCUCCUCGAAGUCAAGGAAAAGCUUUUAGCGCACCUCACACACGUUCCCUGGAAGCUCGGAUCAAAGAUGAACUGAUUGCCCAGGGACUCCUGGACUCCGAGGAGCGACCUGGACCAGGAGGAGACUGCGAAGACGAGGUCCUGGUGGAGCUCCAGAAAAGACAGGCGGAGCUCAAAGCCCUCAUUGCUCACAACAGAGCUCGCAAGCAGGAGCUGCUAAGGCUGGCGAAAGAGGAGAUGCACAAGCAGGAGCUGAGGCAGAGAGUCCGGGUGUCCGACAACGAGGUCAUGGAGGGUUUUCGGCGAAUCAUGGCAGCCAGACAGAAGAAGCGUACUCCAACCAAGAAAGAGAAGGACCAAGCUUGGAAAGCUCUGAAGGAGCGUGAAAGCAUACUCAAGUUACUGGAUGGAUGAAGGAAAGAGGAAAAAACGAGCAGAAGAAUGUUUUCCACUACAGUCACACACACUGCUGCAUCCCAAACUUCUAGAGAUAAAGAUAGAAGUACCUGCAGACAGCUUUGAAGCAUUUCUCUGGUACUUUUUUAUUCAACGGUUCAAUUCAUCAUUAGGGGUCGAUAUCAGGAAUUAUGAUAUCACACCGAUACUUUGGAAACAUAAAAAAUAGCACCGCUAAAGUCAGUCGAGAUUACCCAUAUUCUGUUUUACAGUAUAUGGGUUGGGAUGAACAAAUCAAUUGCUUCCAUCUCGUUGGAGGUCCUAACUUCACGUACACAACGAUGGUUUUGACAUAGCAAACCUUACGAGUUACUCCAAAACAACCCCAGCAUUCAUGACUCAAAAUCCCAAGAAGACGCUUCUACUGGCAAAAAAAUCUGCCCAAAGUCGGCCGUAAAGAAAAACCAUUGGUCGUUCUCAUUUCUGUGGCAAACAUCCCGCCAGAGACGACUACUAGGGGCAAAGAAAUCUGCAGUUUCCUGGAAAUAAAAUGACGGCACUGGACGGAGCCAGCAAACGGUUUAGCCUGGAGUGGUCAUUGAGAAAGAAGCCACUCUCAUCCAUCACCGAAGACACUGGACCUCUCGGCAGGACACAUUUUGGAUUCACGAUUUGUACUUGUUAACUCACUUUUUUCUCAGAUCUAUGUUAAUAUUUGCCAGCAAAGUAGGGCGUGAUCGCCACACUCCUGCUGAUAGAUCAGGACAUAUGAUUCAUUACUAAUUUAUGGAUGUGAUGUUAGCUCUACCUCAUAGUGAUGUCAUUUUUGCUUAGAACAAAUUUACAGGCACAGUUUGUCAAAUCCAUCUUUUAGUCUUUCAAAUCUACAAGAGUGCAUAAACUAGUCAACUCUACAUUUAAAAAGUAACAGCUAUAAAUAGGUUUUCUGUAUCGACCUUGGGGAAAAAAAGUGCAUUUGUAUUCAUCAUCCAUCAGUUUGUUUUUUUUGUUCAGUACAUUUUUAUGUUUACUGUUGUAAUGUAUUGUAUAAAAACAGUGUUUGUACGAAUAACUACCAAUUAAAGGCUGUUGUUGUAUAUGUA